AUGUGCUUCAGGUGGAUUGAUGAAAAGCUUAGUGCGCAUGAAGACUUUCUCGGAUUCUACAGUAUCCCAAAUAUUGCCUCUGAAACAAUUGUUUCAGCAAUCAAAGAUAGCCUCAUUCGACUACAACUGCCAAUGUCCCAGUGUAGGGGACAGUGUUAUGAUGGCGCCAGUAACAUGCUUGGCAAAAAAUCUGGUGUGGCAAAACAAAUUCAGGAAUGUGAACCAAAGGCUCUUCCCACACAUUGUCAUGGUCACUCGCUAAGUUUAUCUGUCAAAGACGCAACAAGUCAUUCCAAGAUCUUAUCUGACACCAUGAAUAACACGAAUGAGAUAGUUAAACUCGUGAAGUACUCACCCAAACGAGAAAAUUUAUUCGGAACAUUGAAGGAAAACCUUCAAUACGAGGAUGAAAUGGAUGAAGAUGCGGUAGCUGGUGGACUAACAAAAUUUAGUGCGACUAGGUGGACGGUUCGAGCAAUCUGUUUUGAGAGAGUGAUUGACAAUUAUGAAGUUCUUUUAAAGCUGUGGGACGAAUGCCUUAAAACAAAACUUGAACCAGACGUCCGUGGUCGAAUUAUCGGAUGUAGUACCCAAAUGAAGUCUUUUGACUUUUAUUUUGGAUUACAUCUUGGCAUGAUGAUUUUUAGGCAUACGGACAAUUUGUCAGCAACUUUACAGAAGGCAAAUAUGUCAUCGAUUUCUGGUCAACGUAACGCCAAGCUAACAACCGAUGCAUUGAGAGGAAUACGAAAUGAAGAAUGUUUCAAGGCUUUUUUUCAAACCGUUUUAAAAAAGAAAAAGACCCUGGCAGAUAUUUCGGAACCCAGAUUACCAAGAAAGAGAAAGGCACCGGCAAGAUAUGAAAUGGGAGAAGCAGAACCUUGGCACCCCAAAACAUCAGAAGAUUUGUACAGAAAAAUUUAUUACGAAGCCCUUGAUUUGAUUACAUCGGCUAUUAAUGAACGUUUUGACCAGCCCAGUUUUAAAAGCUAUUCGAAGCUAGAAGCCCUUUUACUAAAGUCCUUAAAAUCAGAAGACAUUUCCCUUGAACUGGCAUUUGUAAAGGAGCUUUACCCUCAGGAUAUAAAAGUAGAGUUUCUUAUCCCGCAACUGGAAAUUUUUAAAAUUCUGAUGAAGGAUAAAAAACCAGAAUGCUUUGCUGAUAUCAUAGACGCAGUGAAAAGUCUGGAUAACCACACUAAACUAAUGAUCGGUGAAGCAAUUACCAUCUGCAAACUUUUAUUGGUUAAUCCGGCAACUAGCGCAACUGGUGAAAGAUCAUUUUCAACGGCACGACGAUUAAAAACAUGGCUUAGGGCAAAUAUGUCACAAAAGAGAUUUAAUCAUCUGGCGAUACUGCACACCCACAAAACACGAACAGAAAGUAUAAAUUUAGUGGACGUAGGCUAG